AUAAUUGUAGGAGUCAAAUUGAGGCUACCAAAAAAAGCAAAACCAGAAAGGAAAAGGGUUUUAUCAAAUCCAAUCCAAACUCACUAUCCCAGAAAAGCCAAAACAAAACAACCCAAUCGCUCUCCCAAAAACCAUGUCAAAUCCCGGCGAAUCUACCCGGAAUCCGACGGGAUAUUCCUUCCAUGUAAACAGGAACACAGACCCUAGAGUUCCCCUCCUGAACCUCUCAACAGUUUGUACGAGAAUGGAUUCCCUCAAGCAAUUCCUAUCAGAAUCAGUCAACAACAACACUUUAAUCAGUAAAGAUCAAAUGGACAUGGUGUCUUCUGAGAUCUCCUCAGCCAUAAAUCAAAUCAUCGUCAACGCCGCUGCUCUUCUCUCUAGUAGCAGUAGUAGUUCACAACCCUUUGUGCCUCAGCCGCCGGUAGAAAGUACUGCGAUAAAAAAGGCCCAGGUUUUGAAAGUAGAAAAUAGAGAAGAAAACGAGGAAGAGCUUGAUGCGGUCGAACUGCUAGCCGAACAUGUUCAUUUUUGUGAUAUUUGCGGAAAGGGGUUCAAAAUAGAUGCAAACUUGCGUAUGCAUAUGCGUGCGCAUAGGAAUCAGUUCAAAACCCUUGAGGCACUUGCGAAGCCUGAUAAGGGUGAUAAAACAAUAUCAGCUUCCUUGGCGGGGAAGACAAAUUUUUCCUGCCCCUUUGAAGGUUGUAACAGGAAUAAGAAACAUAGUAAGUUUAAGCCAUUGAUGUCUGUGAUUUGUGUAAGAAAUCAUUUUAAGAGGAGUCAUUGUCCGAAGAUGUAUUCGUGUAAUCGGUGUCAUAAGAGUUUUUCGGUUCUUGCGGACUUGAAGAGUCAUUUGAAGCAUUGUGGGGAAUCGAGGUGGAAGUGCUCUUUUGGGACUAGUUUUUCGAGGAAGGAUAAGUUGUUUGGUCGCAUGGCUUUGUUUGAAGGACAUAUGCCUGCUGUUGUUGGCGAAGAGGCGGAGAGUAAGGCCAAGGGGUUGGUAGUUGGUGGCGCAGUGGCUUUGGAGGAGGAUGAUGAAGAAGAAGAAUCGGUUGUUAAGGGAGAUGAUUUGGUUGACAAUGAGUUUUUUGAGGGAUUGCCUUUUGGGUUUGGUUCCAUGGAAGGGUAUAACUUGCAGGAUGUAUGGGGUCUCCUUUGACUGGAAUUCAGGAGUUCAGGCGAUGAUGGAUGGAUCAAGUAUAUUUUCUGCUUUUCUUGAUGGUGGGUGUGGUGUCUUUAGAUGUCUAUUUGUAUUCUUCAUAAUAAUAAAAGAGAUUACGAGCUUUCUAGUUUGAGGUUUUAAAA